AUAUUAAAGUUGCCUUUGCUUCAAGAGUUAAUAUGACUUUUUAUAAAUAAAGUGAUUAUUAUUUGAUUGUUCUUCAAAAGACUGCCAUUUUUUCUUUUUCCUUUUUUUUCUUUAUGAAUUCACUUGUAGAUUAUGAAUCGUCUUCAGAUGAGGAACGAACAACAAAUAAGCGUAGACUAGCUGAGGAAGAAAGUGCCGUAGAGCGUAAACUACCUAAGCUAUCUUCCUUUUUCUACAAGGAGGAAAUCAUUAUGGAUUCUCAAGGAAAAAUACGAACCGUACGCCAUAAAGAGAAUAGUUGGGCCACUCAUAUUUAUUGCACAGUUGAUCUGAGCAGUGAAAGACAUCGAUGGAAAGAUAUUCCUUCAGACAUACACGAGAUUGAAGAACAACACAUCAGUCUGAGUCGAUGCGUAUUUCUAAAAGAACAUCAAUUGGAACCGUUCAGUAGAGCAAUUGAGACAUCGCUAAGGAAUAUGUCACGAUUCAAGAUAUCCUUUGCACAGCUCUCUCAAUUGACAAAUGACGAAGCAACACGGUCUUUUCUGACGUUGGAGAUUGGACAAGGAUAUAAUCAGUUAUCUGCUUGUCAAACACGUAUUGAUCGCGUCAUGGAACAGUAUAACUUGCCUGUGUUUUACAAGCCACCUAGAUUCCAUACAAGUAUCGCAUGGGCGCUCAAAGCAUCCACUAUUGAUAAAUACAUCUCGCAGCUUCCUUCUGAUACUCUGGACGACUUGGUCAAUCAUACCUUUUGGAUCACUCGACUUUAUAUCAAGAUGGGAAACAGAGUCCAUACAAUUCAGCUGUCGUGACGUUUUUAUUUUUAAUGCCCUUUUCCCCCCACCCUCUUUAUUUCCCCCCCUUUCUUCACUAGAAUAGAAAUAAAUAAAAAAAUGGACCCCUAUGAUUUCCAUGACCAAGAAGAGGCGAUUGCCGAUGAAGACGAUCUUGAAAGACUCGAAAGGGAACUUGCUCCUUCCUCUGCUGACUACUAUGGUGUGUUGAACAUUUCAAAAAAGGCAACAGAGGAAGAAAUCAAGGAAUCCUACAAGAAACUAUGUCGAUUCUUUCACCCUGAUAAACAUACAGAUGAAGAAAAGAAGAGAAAAGCAGAAUCUCGAUUUCAAGUG